AGCAGUGUCAGAGGGAGCGAGAGGGAGCAGGGGAGAGAGAGCUCCGCUGUCCCUCACAACUGCACAAGUCUGAAUGUACCCCUGCUUUAAGGAGAACCCCCCAAUAAGACUGGCAGUCUGAGGAUUACUUCAGCCAUGGAAGAAGGCAUCCACAGCCUGCAGGAAAGGCAGCUGUCCAGGGAAUUCUUAGGAAUGGAUUACCCUCCCCUGUACCUGUGCAAGCCCAAAAGAGGGAUCAAGAGAGACGACACCAAGGAAUUUUAACGACUCCCACGGGGACUCUGGGAUUAACUUGCAAAACGAAGAGACAGGAUAAAUGAAUGUAUAGCCCAGCUGAAAGAUUUGCUGCCAGAACAUCUCAAGCUCACAACGCUGGGGCACUUGGAAAAAGCGGUCGUGCUGGAGUUAACUUUGAAACACUUGAAGGGUUUGACGUCUCUGACCGAGCAGCAGCACCAGAAAAUUAUCUCCUUACAGAACGGCGAGCGUUCCAUGAAAUCUCCCCUCCAAUCAGAUCUGGAUGCCUUUCAUUCCGGUUUUCAGACCUGUGCCAAAGAAGUCCUACAGUACCUGUCGCGCUUCGAAAGCUGGACUAACCGCGAUCAGAGGUGUACCCAGCUUCUCAACCACCUGCACACCGUGUCCAGCCAAAUCCUACCCAGCUCUCAGCUUGUCCUACAGCAGGUGCCCGCCGGCAAGGCUUCUUCUCAGUCCCCCAGCCGAGGAAUGCCUAAGGUAGCGAACCAAACAAACUGUGUGCCUGUUAUCCAGAGGACGCAUAACUUGGAGCUUAGCGAGAAUGACACGGACACCGACAGCGGUUAUGGAGGCGAAGGAGAAAAGUUGGAGUCGAAAUCGGAGGGACAGAGCAAUGUAGGAGUCAAGGGCCAAGGGGCCAAUGGUGUGACCGUGAAACAGGAGCCACUGGAUGAGCCUUCGCCCAAAAGGUUUAAGCCAGACUGCUCGGGGGCCAGCAACAUGGCUGCUGGGACUGAAUCAGACAUGCGGCCAGACGCCAGUCUGCUUAACUCUUUAAUGGGAUUUGGAAGUAGCCCUUUCGGUCAGCAGGCCCCUUUCUGUUUACCAUUUUACUUCAUCUCGCCCUCAGCAGCUGCUGCCGCGGCAGCCUACAUGCCCUUCUUAGACAAGGGCAGCUUGGAGAAGUACCUCUACCCAGCGGCCACUGCUGCUGCCACCCCCAUCCCUUUCAUCUACCCGGGUUUAUCCGCCCAGGCGGCUGGCACUUUCCCAUGUCUGUCCUCCGUCCUGUCCCCUGAGAAGUUGGCAAGCUGCGCAACUGCCCUUCUCCCCGACCUCCCCUCAUCGCCCUUCCAGGCUGGUCCUGCCAUGACCGACCUACAAGACCUCCGGCCGCCCACCAAGGAAAACUAAGACAAGGAUGCAAAAAAAAAAUUAUCAUGACCUAUAUCUAUAUAUAAAGAGCCUCUCAUUUUGUAGCAAGUCUUGUUUUACUGGAUCAGCAUUAGCCUUGUACAUUGAUGGGAUAAAGACACUUUUAUUAAGCUCACAAAAGUUGCUGGAUGAGACAACCGGGGAAAAAUGGACCUCCAUCAUAAAUGGCUCAGCUACCCAGCAGCAGAAAAUUAACUUUUUAUUGACAGUGGUGUAAUUUGCAACACACCAGAGCGCACUUU